AUGAGAAACUUGGCCGUCUUGCUGCUCGUCGGGGUGGCCGCUGGCGUCUCCGGGGAGGGCUCGGGGCCGGGGCCCACGCCAGAUGCCCGGGAAGUGCUCGAAAGCCAUUCGCUUCCCUACUCGAGGAAAAACAAGGUGUUUGAAUGUGAAGGGGAAAGUGGAAAUGUGCUGGAGAACCGGUUCAGCGUUCGCUCCUCGGCCGACCCUGACAGCGGCUGCCACUUCACCAUCGGCGAUGAGCGGCGGCUAGAAGACUGCAAGUUCAACACGUCCUCUAAGAGCUUCUUCAUCAUCCACGGGUGGACGAUGAGUGGCAUUUUUGAAACAUGGCUGGGCAGCCUGGUGCAGGCUCUCAAGGAACGGGAGAUGAGUGCCAACGUGGUGGUGGUUGACUGGCUUGACUACGCCCAUCAGCUCUACACCAACGCUGUCAACUACACCCAGGUGGUGGGAAAGGAGGUGGCGAAACUGCUGGACUGGCUACAGGAGAAAGAACAUUUCCAUCUGCGGAAUGUCCACUUGCUUGGCUACAGCCUUGGUGCGCACGUGGCUGGCUACGCUGGAAACUAUGCACAUGGAACAAUAGGCAGGAUUACAGGCUUGGAUCCAGCUGGGCCGAUGUUUGAAGGAGUCGAACCCAACAAACGUCUCUCUCCUGACGAUGCGGACUUUGUGGACGUCUUGCACACUUACACGAGGGAGGCUCUUGGUGUCAGCAUCGGGAUCCAGAUGCCUGUGGGUCACAUUGAUGUCUACCCCAAUGGAGGAGAUGUCCAGCCAGGGUGUGCCUUGACUGACGUCUUGGGAUCGCUUGCCUAUGGGAAUAUCGGGGACGCCAUGCGGUGUGAACACGAGCGCUCCGUGUUCCUCUUCGUUGACUCGCUGGUGAACCAAGAUAAGCAGAGCUUUGCCUUCCAAUGCACCGACUCCAGCCGCUUCAAGAAAGGGAUCUGCUUGAGCUGCCGGAAGAACCGCUGCACCGGCAUCGGAUACAACGCCAAGAAGAUGCGCAACAAGAGGAACACCAAGAUGUACUUGAAAACACGGGCCGACAUGCCUUUCAAAGUGUAUCACUACCAAAUGAAAAUACACGUCUUCAGCUACAAGAACAUGGGAGAAAGCGAGCCCACCUUCUCUGUUACGCUGCACGGCACCAACAGUGACUCCCAGCCUCUGCCUCUGGAAAUAUAUGGGCAGAUAGGGCUGAACUACACGAACACUUUCCUGGUUUAUACUGAAGAAGACGUGGGAGAUGUCCUGAAGAUCAAGCUCACGUGGGCGGGAUCCACUCAGUCGUGGUACAGCCUGUGGAGGGGGCUCAGGAGUUACUGGUCUCAGCCUGACAAUUCAGUCAAGGAGCUUCAGAUCAGGCGUAUUCGUGUGAAGUCUGGAGAAACGCAGAAGAAACUCACAUUCUGUGCAGAAGACCUCCAGAUGACCAACAUCUCUCCCGGCAAAGAGCUCUGGUUUGUGAAAUGUCGCGAUGGCUGGCAAGUGAAGAAUCGAACCAGGCAAGUCUCGAUCUCCGACUGUUCGGAGGCAGAGCUCUCCGUCUUCUCAAACUGUGACAAUAUGAACACCAUGUCCGAGGACACGAGAACGUCCUGUAUUUAUGGCUACCCCUUAGACUAA